AUGACUGCUAGUAUGAAGGAUGUACGAAAUGCACAUACGGCUUCUGUAUUAACAAAUGGAAAAGUGUUAGUUACGGGUGGAGUUGGUAUUUCUUUUCUAAAGAGUACUGAAUUGUAUGACCCAUCAACUGGAACUUGGACAACAAGUAGUAGUAUGAAUAAUACACGAUUUUUACAUACAGCAUCCGUAUUAACACAUGAAAAAGUUUUAAUUACUGGUGGACAAGGUUCUGAUUAUUAUCUAGAUAGUGCUGAGUUGUAUGAUCCAUCAACAGGAAACUGGACAAUGACUGCUAGUAUGAAUUAUGCACGAUCUGUACACACAGCAUCCGUAUUAACAAAUGGAAAUGUGUUAGUUUCGGGUGGAUUUGCGGAUAUAGCUGUAAAUAGUUCUGAAUUAUAUUAA